AUGGCUGCUUUCGCUUUUACCAACUGCCCUAACACCAUCGUGUAUGGCCGCUCAGGCUACAACAAGGAUGGUGACGACGAUGAGGAUGACAAGAAGUGCUUCGGCAGAUCUGGAUACAACAAGGAUGGUGACAACGAUGACGAUGACGACAAGAGAAAUUUUGGCCGAUCUGGCUACAACAAGAGCGACAAGACAGACGAUGACGACGAGGCGGCGUUGGGAGACGUUGAUUAG